GUGUGUGUUUUGUUUGGCCGCAUGGAUUACUCACUCGUGGCACGUCAGCUGUAGAGCCCUCAGUCCAACUGCUGCUCACGGCUGGAGGCGGAUCAAUGGAAGUGCGCUGAGUAAUGAGGUGACGCUCCUGUUUUCAGAAGCUCUAAGACCCAAAGGCCAGCCUCUGUUUAAACCCUGCAUCAACACCCACUUAGCGGACCUUUAGCAUUACAAUGGACAUAUUUGCCCACAAGAGCACCUGAAACCUAAAGAUUUGGACUGUCUUUUAAAUAACAUUCCCACUUUUAAAGCGACAGCCUCAAAGUGAAAGUCAGGAGGGUUCCCUCGCCAUGGUGUUGCCGCCCCCAGACAAACGCCAUGUGUGCCUGACCACGAUUGUCAUCAUGACCAGCAUGGCCUUCAUGGAUGCCUACCUGGUGGAGCAGAACCAGGGUCCCAGGAAGAUUGGUGUGUGCAUUAUAGUGCUAGUAGGGGAUGUAUGCUUCCUCAUUGUGCUGCGCUACGUUGCAGUGUGGGUUGGUGCCGAAGUACGCACUGUUCGACGAGGAUACGCCAUGAUCCUCUGGUUUCUCUACAUCUUUGUCCUGGAGAUCAAGCUCUACUUUGUCUUCCAGAAUUGUAAGGCCGAUAGGAAGAGUCUGGAGACAGUAGCACGGAAGACUUUGACAUUACUAUUGUCAGUUUGCGUUCCAGGUUUGUAUUUAGUCCUGGUGGCACUGGAUAGUAUGGAGUACGUGAGAACUUUCCGGAAAAAGGAGGACAUGAGGAGCCGUCUCUUCUGGGUGGCGCUGGACCUACUGGACCUGCUGGAUAUCCAAGCCAACUUGUGGGAACCGCAGCGGACAGGGUUGCCCAUCUGGGCAGAAGGUCUCAUGUUCUUCUACUGUUACAUCCUGCUGCUCAUCCUGCCCUGUGUGUCGCUCAGUGAAAUUAGCAUGCAGGGGGACCAGAUGUCGCCCCAGAAGAUGAUGCUAUACCCAGUCCUAAGCCGUACCAUCAACAUGGUGACAAUCAUACGCGGGGUGAACAUGGUGCUCUUUCAGGACAGUCGUGUUUCUACCAUUUUCGGCAAAAACGUGGUGGACAUUGCCACCAAGGCGUACUUCUUGGAGUACCGUAGACAAGUCAAGGAGUUCCCCCACCCGCAGAACGCCAUGGCACUGGAGCUACAGCAGAACUCCGUUACCCACCCACAGCCACUGCCCAAUGCCACUACCUUACCCCAUGAACCCUCACCGGCACAGGACCUCAUUGACACAUGACCCACCAGCGCGGACUUCCCACCAGAACAAACUGAUGCAUUUCUACAAAGUUCCAGGUGGUGGACAGAGAAAUAGUCUGCAUGACAGGAUCAUAUUCCCUUGUGAACUUCUACAAACCUACUGAGAGAUUUUCAGCACCACCUGCCGGUCGGAACAUUGUUAACUUGAUUCUGAGUGUGGUGUGUAAAUGUGAAAAAAUGUUUUUAACUGUGAUGUGUUUUUAAUUGUUUAAAUGUUUAUGAACAGACAAUCUCCACUGUGCAGACAUCAUCUUCAUUAAAUCGGACAACUGGUCCCAUCUCAGUGAAUAUCUUGCUUUCAUUUUCUUUCGGUUAAGGUCACUUUUUUUGACAGUGGCAUUUUAUUUGAACCCCAGUGCCAAAGGGCAUUGCACUCGGCACAGAGCUCUUCUGAUGGAGAAGAGAAGCAGAAAACAACAAGCAUCAGUCAAGAGAAGGUGACAAUGCAGCGCGAGAUCAAAGUGC